CUUCUCUACGCUAGGUGGCAGUACUCUAGCUCUUUGUGUUCCGCUUCUCUGUUCUUGAUGAUCCAGUCGAAGAAAAAGCGCCCACCGCCUUUCUUUUUUUCAAAAUGGCCGAAUACUUGGCGUCGAUUUUCGGUACAGAAAAAGACAAGGUUAACUGCUCUUUCUACUUUAAAAUUGGAGCAUGUCGCCAUGGAGACCGAUGCUCUAGACUCCAUAACAAACCCACGUUCAGCCAGACCAUUGCUCUGUUGAACAUUUACCGGAACCCACAAAACACAGCUCAGUCUGCUGAUGGCAUAAAUGCUGUUAGUGAUGUGGAGAUGCAGGAACACUAUGAUGAGUUCUUUGAGGAGGUUUUCACUGAAAUGGAGGAGAAAUAUGGAGAGGUUGAGGAGAUGAACGUGUGUGAUAAUUUAGGAGAUCACCUGGUGGGAAAUGUCUACGUGAAGUUCCGCCGUGAGGAAGAUGCAGAGAAAGCGGUGAUUAACUUGAAUAACCGCUGGUUUAAUGGACAGCCCAUCCAUGCUGAGCUCUCGCCUGUCACCGAUUUCAGAGAGGCCUGUUGUCGACAGUAUGAAAUGGGAGAGUGCACUCGAGGUGGCUUCUGCAAUUUCAUGCACCUAAAGCCGAUCUCAAGAGAACUCAGAAGAGAACUGUAUGGCCGCAGAAGGAAGAGGCAUCGCUCCCGCUCACGUUCCCGUGAACGGCGUUCUCGUUCUAGGGAACGCAAUAGAGGCGGAGGUGGAGGAGGCGGCGGCGGCGGCGGAGGCGGAGGUGGAGGUGGAGGAAGAGACAGAGAGAGACGGCGGUCAAGAGAUCGAGAACGCUCUGGACGAUUUUAAAAUUUCCUUCUUUCUUGAAACCAACAUUCAGUCCCCAAACCCUGCCCUGCUCUCUCCUGAUGAAAUGUGAUAAAUGUUGAAUUUAUUUCCUUCCCUGAUUUCUUUGUCCUCCCAUCUUUUUAUUCAAGAUUUGUUUGCUUUUCAAUAAAAAAAUACCUUAGUCAUUUUA